AUGUUCCCCGGUCCGUGUGCCGCUGACGUGCAGCAGGAAGUGUUUGCAUUAGCGCACGCCCGUGAGGGUGCCAGAGCAAACAGCGAGGCCCUGGCCGCUGUGGUUGCUGGUGACCUCACGUCGGGCCUGCUGUUUACAGAAGGGGGGGUGUCUGGUGCCGACGGGACCCCAGUGCCCAUCCUCCGGCCCCUCACAAUGGAGCCUGCAGCGCCCUGGCCGUUGGAGAAGCACCUUCCACUGUGGCCCCUGGGAGCCUGCGAGGCAAGUCACAGAGACCUUGGGGAUAAGACGGGCUUAACACACAACAGUUAUGUUCAUCGUAAGGGAGGCGAUUUUCCCAUCAAGCCCCAUCAACACGGAACGCACCCCAUCGUCUUGGCAGUCAGGCUUUUCCUGAAGCAGGACCACUGCUGGAGGACCGAUGGACACGAGGCGCAUGCGCGGGAGGCCGAGUUCCGUUUCGAGUCACCCUUUCGGGAGGGUCGGGAGGUGCGGCUUCCCUCCAGGGCGGAGAGCCGCUGCCCCAGCUUCCGGCUCUGGCUGGGCGAGGGGCUUCUGCCCCUGCGGGCCCCUUCCCGCUGUGGUGGGGGCGCUGGGGGGGCGGAGAGCGGCAGGGAGAAGAAGCCCUCCCGGGCUUUGCAAGCGCAGCAAGGAGCCGCUCUAAACGCGUCUCUCCAUUGA